UUGGCGCUAAAUUUUCAAGAUGGCGGAGGGGAGACGAAAAAUUUUCCGUUUGGAGGAUAUUUUGGGUUUCUAGCGUUGAAAUUUCUUCCCAAAGCGCAUAUGGUAAGCUCUAAAUUAUGAUGUCUGAGGUUGGUAUCACCGAUCUGUUCAACCAGCUAUGCAAGAGUCACUACAAAGUGGACCCCAGACAGCCUAGAAUCGUGCGGCCGAAGCUGUCAAAACAGAAAAUCGCUUCUCGACUGAGGAACACCCUCUACAACACACUGUUCGAAGACACACUGGCCAGAAGAAAUGGGUUGGCUUCUGCUGAAGAAGGACGCACGGAGAAGCAGGGAAAGUUGUCCGAGAAGGAGAGACUGUUGGUGUUCGCCUACGAACUCAGGCUGGAGCGAAGAUUCGAUGAUGCAGCCAGACUGGAACACUUGGUGGACAAGUUGUAUUCAGAAACUGAUCCAGAUGCAGAUGUUAAGUCGGUGCUGCAUUUGUUUCUGGGAUUGGCCAGAUCAGGGAGUCAGCCAGACAUGCCUCCUAUUGGUUACCGUGACCUGCAGCUACCAAUGAAAAACCUGAAACAAAGUGAGGUGAAUGGUUGGAUUUGCCCCUGUGGUCCUGUGUUCUAUGGAGACAGCAAGUUUGUUGACGACAGUUUCCACGGCUACAUGCAGUAUGACAGGAGUCUAUUUGAACAUGGAUUACCAGCAUCUAUGAUAGCUAUGUACUCCACUGGUCAGCCACAGCCUGGUUUGUCUUGGAAGCUGUUUGAGGCACUCCCUGGGCAAGAUCUGUUAGGAAAUGGAUUAUUCCAGCUUAAGGGCAUGAAGAAUGACCAGUAUGAGAGACAGACCAACAGCACACUGUACGGUGCCCUGGUCCACAGUCACACCCGCAGCAUAGACAUCAAACUGGGCCUGCCUGAACUGCCUGAUGAGACUGACACUCAGGCUCUAGGACUCAAGAUCUAUCCAUACACAGAGGUGUCAGAAGAUGAGGGUUUCACGGAGCCGUCAGACACAGACUCCAGCCUGACCACCCCCAGUCCUGACAUGCUGAUAGAGGAGGAUAUCUGGGAGCAGGCUCUGACUUACAAACCCAGUCAACACAGGACAUGGGAAACUAUCGGAUGUGUACCAGGUCCCACAGAGAAGCCAUACCUGACAGAGGCAGGUCGGCAGGUGUUCGAUGCCCUGUACGUGAUGCUGCAGCGGCAGGUGCAGGUGUCAGGGCUGGACAGCUGCACGGUGCAGACACCUGCCAGCUGCAUGGUACAGGAGACAGACCUGGUCAGGGACACUCUGAAUGUGCUCAUCGGAGUACCCUCAAACACAUUCAUCUUAGACCAGAUGUCCCAGUCUUUUCGUGUGAGGGACGGUGUCCACAUGUCUGGGACCACUCCAGGGGCCAUGCGACAGACUCUGUCCAGAUUUGCAGAGAUCGGGACCAACUACCGUCGCCUAGCGACCUUCGCGGCCCCGCCCGUCAUGGACUCCUUCUACCAGGGCGGACUGAUCUUCCAGGCUUUUACUGGAGGUCUCAGGAAGUACCUGCAGUAUUAUAGGUACUAUGUGCUGUCAGGCUCAUCCAGUGUGUCCCUGCUCACACUAGAGAUGCGGUACAGGAAACUUGGGACACAGAUCAGGUACCUGGCAGAGUUGUGUAUGUGUUCAUCCUCCAGUCCAUUUAAACCUGCUGGUAAAAAUGGAGUGCCACAUGGCUUCCCUACGGGAGUGAAGUUGCUGACGUACUUGUACCGUGAGUCCCUGGAUGCCUGUAACACAGACAACUACCCAGCCCUGCUGUCUCUACUACAGCACUCCACCGGACCCUACAUCACUUUUGUCCAGGCCUGGGUGUUUGAUGGAAUAUGUCGAGACAUCUACGGAGAGUACACCAUAGAGGUCAAUGAUGAGUUCCUGUCCUUCCGAGAUAAGCACUACUGGACCCAGGGGUUCACGGUGGCCACAGCUACAGUAGAGGAGAGUGUUCCUCUGUUCCUGGCAGAUCUGGCUAAUGACAUCUUUGUGUGUGGGAAAUCACUCAACCUGCUCAGACUCUGCUGUCCUGGGCAUCACCUGUGCACAAGAGAUGUCCCAGUCCCUCGCCUGGCCCUCACCUUCUCCAUGGAGGACCUGUCUAACAUCGAGCAGAGGUGUGCGGAGUAUGUGGGGAAGAUGGAAGGGGUGGCCCGGCACAAGACGGUAUCCAGGGAAGAGAUGGAGAGAAGGGCAGUCCAGGCCAGACAGGACCUGGUGGUUCUCGCCAGGCAGACAGCAUCCAAGGAGAUCGACCGCAUUCAGAGUGAGAGACAGAAGGCCCUGGAAGCUGCUGAUGCCAAGAAGAGACAACAAUUCCAGGAACUUAAGGAGCAGAUGGAACAGGAUCUACAGCGCCGAGCGUCAGAGAAGGAGAAGGAGGCAGAGGAAGACGUGGCGUUUAUCGAGGGUCUGAAGAGACGGGAGAGUGAGGAGGCAGAGGCAGAGGCUGAGCUGGAGAGACAAGCCAGGGAACAGGUAGUGGAGUACUAUGCCAAGUUAGGUGAAGAAGCCGCCAAGAGAGAGCAGAGAGCUCUGUGGAAGAUCCGCCGGCACCGUCUGGACCAGGAACGUCUCAACUUCCUACUCAAGGAGGAGGAGAGACUCAAGAAAGGAGCGAGUUCCGCCGGAGAGGCGAGCCCUGGUGGAGAGAGAGGGAGAAGAACUGACAGUCCGAAUGUGGAUGGCCAAACAGGAUCGCUGGUUUCGUUUGCCGAGAGUCCAGAACCGGGACUAGAGACAGGGAAGCUGGUUUCGUUCCUAGCAGAGCCGUCAGCAGAACCAACGACCGUUUUACGUUCCGUCCCGGAUGGGAGGAACCUACUAGACUUGUCCAUUGAAGAAUUCCUGCCCAAGUCUGAACCCACGGCGGAAGAAACCCAGGAAGAUGUAAGUGCGGCUAAACUUGACGAAGUGUUGCUGGAAAUCGGUUCAGAAUUGCGUCGUGAAGAAAGAACACCACACCUGUUAGACACCUCUAUACCAGCUCAGACCAAGUCAGGCACUGCUGUACAACAACAUGGACGCCCCUCUCAGUCUUCUGUCUUCAGUGAAGAAGAUGUAACCUCACCCGCAAGUGGAGACGGGAUAAAGAAAAGCCAUCCCUCCGACUCUGUCUUCACUACUGACGGAGAGAUGGGGGAGGGGGAUGAAGGGAAAAAGGCGAGCGUACAGGUAGGGAAACAUGGGCAUCACUCUGACUCAGUCUUCACUCCUGGUGGAGAAAUGACGGCAGGAGAGACUCACAAGGCUCAGAUAAGGGUAGGGAAACAUGGCCACCACUCUGAGUCAGUUCUCACCACGUGGGGAGAAGUCAAGGAAGACACCCAGAAGAGGUUGGUCAGACGAGGGGAACAUGGACAUCAUUCUGACUCUGCCUUUAACUCCAGAGGUGAGAUCAGAGAGGAGGAAGAAAAGAAGAUUUUAAUAAGAGUGGGUCAGCAUGGGCAUGCCUCAGAUUCUGUUCUUGGAGACUUGAUUUCUGGAGAGGCAGAGCAAGACGGUACAAAACAGGCGGCUAGGAGUCAGUACGGACAUCCGUCCGAUUUGUCCGAAGGGCCGGAUUCGGCGAGACCGCGGAGAAGCAAACAUGGGCACGCGUCGGACGUGUCUCAGGAGCCGGACGCUGCGAAACCGAGAAAAAGCAAGCACGGGCACGCUUCGGACGUGUCUCAAGAGCCGACCGCCGCUAGACCGAGAAGAAGCAAGCACGGGCACGCUUCAGAAUCUACCGCACAGGACUAUCUCUACCCAAUAGGAGAGCUGGAACCAGACAGCAAACCUAAAUCACAGCCUCAGCUACCCACUCCUCCUGACAACGCUAAACAUGGAGUUCAAGAGAGUUCCAGAGGGAAGAUUCCGUAUGGACAUUCCUCCGACUCCACAGUAGAGGGAAUACUGUAUGAGGAGACCAUAGAUUCCACCUGGGUGGUGAAGAGGUCCAGGUUUAAGGAAAGAAACGUCCACGGUCACCACUCAGACUCCAGUGUACAGAGGCUGCUGUAUCCACAGGAGAAACAAGACAGUGAUGCACAAAAAGCACUGGUUGUAUCUAAGGAGGGAGGCACAGUUUCUGCAAAUAUAGCCAAGAAGGUGUGGGCAGAUCAGCAGGUGGAACCUCUGCCAGACAAGUUUGAUAUGCUGGAUAACCCUCCAUCUGUUGACCUGCUGGGAAACCUUGGUGUGAUACCCUACACCAUGUUUGGUGACUAUGGUUGUACUGACAGUGAUGAGGUGGACAGUGUGGACAUCGUGUCUCUCCCUGUACUCAUCAAACGUUCCAUCACCAGUCCCCUUACUGCACAGAUCACCCUAGUGAAUAAGGCUAUAGUAGAUUACUUCAUUGUGGAACUGAAGGCUCAGAGACAUUUCAAAGCCCUGCGGACAUACCUGCUCAUGGAGGAUGGGGAGUUCGGACAUGCUAUAUCUGACCAGCUUUUUGAUAAGCUUGCCCAAGGCCUGUCCCCACAAGAGUUGCUGUCCCCCCUGGUGUUAAACAGUGUGCUGACCCGAGCCAUCCAGACUUCCAUCAACAGAGACUCUGACUACACCGCUAACUUCAGCUUCGCUCUCAAGUGGCUGCCAGAACACUUCAAGCUCAACGCACAUGACACACUGGAUUGCCUUGAACUUCGAUACAAGGUGGACUGGCCCCUCAAUAUUGUCAUCACAGACACCACUAUCAACAAGUACAACAAGAUUUUCUCCUUCAUGCUCCAGUUAAAGAGGAUCACCUGGGUACUGAAGGACAUCUGGUUCCACCUGAAAAGAAGUGCUGUUACCGAGAGGGCAGGAAACUCUUCCCAGUUCAGACAGCUGCAGCUGUUCAGACAUGAGAUGCAGCACUUUGUGGGAGUGAUGCAGGGGUACGUGUCAAACCAGAUCAUCCACGUGAGCUGGCAGGAGUUCUGUAAGGAGCUGAGGGAGAACGUGCACAGUCUGGACGAGCUGCACCAGCGCCAUGCUGAGUACCUCAACAAGGCCAUCUUCAGGUCACUGCUGAGUAGGAAGGCAGGACCAGUCAUGAAGGUCAUCACCGACAUCUUAAAUGUCAUCCUGAAGUUCCGGAUCCAUCUGGUCUCCUAUUCCUGGCAGUACGACGAGACCCGGCGCCAGGCGGUACACCAGGCCUACCCCAACAUGGCCAGCUGCUUCCACGCUUUCCAGAAAUAUUCCGAGUUUCUCUACAGAGUGGUGAAAAAGUUGGUUGCCCGUGGUUACCAGCCCCACCUUGAAGACUUCCUCCUCAGACUCAGCUUCAACAACUACUACCAGGAUGUUUAAGUGUGGAAGAGUUAAGUUAUAAUAAAACACUAUAAAUAAAUAAUCCACUACAGGUGUAUCGUGGUACCAAUGGACCUACAUGUAUACCAUUAUUACGUCACAGUUUGUUUACCGCAAUGAAUGCCGGUCAAUCAACGUUUAUAUUGUACAGGGGUGCAUA